CUUCACUUCUGCAUUGUUGGUCUAUGUAAUAACUUCAUCAAGCCAUGAUACCUCGGUGAACUUGGGGCCUGUUUUAUUAUUUCAUCAUAUAUUGAUUGCCUCGAUAUCCUCGAGGACAAUCCCACCCCCAGCAUGGCCGAUACGACCACCCACGACACUGUGGGCGCGUCAACUCUCGCGACGCCUCGCUUCAUGCCCUCGUCUCCUCCUUCUCGUCGUCAGAACGCGCAGAGCUACUCUCCCCUCAGCGCGAAGAGCCCUCGUACUGUCGACCGCGGCGCGACCACAACCCACGCCGAUGAUGCCCGCUCUCCGCUAAAACAGAGUUACUCGCCGCGGUCCUCCCGAGCGUCGUCGCUCGAGCGCGCCGCGAACGACAUCGACGCCCGCCUGGCGCAAUACAGUGUCGACUUCAGCCAAUACCCGAGUACCCAAGCACUGGACGACCAUAUGGAUCCUCUUGCGGAAUUCAAGUUUCCGCAUGAAGACGAUCUGUCGGAGGUCGGGGGUCCAGCGGAUUUCACGGCGAAUUUGGAGAAAUACUUGAUGGGCGACGGGGAUACCAUGGAGGAUAAGCACUUCAUGGACUUCCGGGAUGAUGGGCACGACCUGUCGGAGCUGGAGCCCCUGUUUGAUGAUCUGGAGGAGCAGGAACACGAGCUGCGCCACCUGGGAAAGGAGGAAGACGAAAACCCCCUGCCUCCGCUACCCGAAUCCCCUGCCCAGCCGCGAGGCCACAGCAGGCAAAAUAGCCAACGGAUGCAGCAGCGGCAAGAUACGCGACCGCCGCAGCGCGAGCAGAGUUCUCAAUUGUAUCAGCCUGCUAUUGAGGAUGAGCCCGAACCUGAACCCGAGCUUGGCGAAUACAGCGAAUUCGGCCCACCGAUCGACAUGUCCACACCAUCGCAGUUUCUGCGCCGCGCCAGUGGCUUUAACAGGGAUGCCACGCAUCUGGAAAAUAUCGAAGAGGACCCGGACGAUGAGAUGGAAGCAAGCACGACUACCCCGUCAGUGCGGAGACACAAGACCCCUUCCCCUCACAAACAAGAACCAAGUACGGCUGGAGAUCUACGGAAACAAAUUCUUGAACUCGAAAACAAGCUUCAAGACCGUAAUGAGCAGCUGGAGAAGGGUCGUCGGCGCGUACUGGAGGCAGCAUCUGCUGGCGAGCAAAUCAAGCACCUUCAGGGCGAGUUGCAGAGGAAGUCGGCUUUGUUGGACGAGUUCUACGCCAAUCGCACUGACGAAACAAUACUGCGGGAGCAAGUCCACAUGCUCCAGAAACAAAACGAAGAAAGAGAGACCUUCUUGCACAAGUCCACCAUCAAUGCCUCCGAGCUAAGCGCUCUUCAGAAGCAGAUUAACGAUAUGCAGAAGGAGCUGCAGAACCGUGGGUCAUCACACCCGGAUCUCGAUGCAGAGCGGCUCGACACCAUCGCAUACUUGCGGCAGCAAUUAGAUCUAACCCAGGAACAGCUGCGUAAGCGCGAUGCAACCCUGGACGAGACGAUCGCGAAGCUCAAGGAAGUCACCGACGCCAAAGAGCAGCAGCUUCGAGAGAAGAACACUGAAGUCGAUGACUUAAAAGCCCAAAUCAGCAGUCACCUGCUCGAAAUAGAGAAGCUAGACACGGAGCUCGAGAACGUCAAUCAAGCCUACGAGACUCUAGAAGAACGAAUCGUCACCCUCGAAACGAAGAAUCGCCCCUUGGAGGAAAAAAACAGCACUCUCGAAGCCGACCUCACCCGCGCGCAGACCCAAGUUACCGCGCAGGAAAAUGCGCUCAAGGCCAUGGCCGCUGACCUCCCCCUCGAAUCCGGCGGCAACACCUACACCGAAAUUCUCGAACUGAUCAAAGAUCUGGGCCAACCCAGCCCGGGAAACCGGAUUUCGAAUCCAGGCUCAUCAAGAAAAGGCCCGAGAGAACAGAGUCAAGACCAGAACCAGGAUUAUGACCCAUCCCCGCACGAAGAGCUGAAACGCCUCCGAGACGAACUCUCCAAACUUCAGUCCGAACUCACCGAGGCCAACUCGGCCAAGAAAACGCUCGAACUGCAGCUCUCGCGCUCGGAGGACCAGGCCGCCGAAGCGCAAACCCUCAUCCACUCCAUCGAGACCGAAAGCACCCGCCUCGGCAAGCGCGCCGACGACCUCCGCUCGAACCUCACCAAGACCCAGCAGGAACUGACCCAGAUGAAAGAGGAGCGCACCAAAGCCCUCGAAACCAUCGACCGCCUGCAGAAGGAGCAACAACGCCACCAAGAAGACGAGAAGAAACAAACCCGGCAGCAACAGCUGCAGAACCAACAACUCAGCCCCCCGCCUUCCCCUCCCGUCCCGCAACAACAGCUGCAGCAACAACAACAACAACGUCAGAAGGAGCAAGAACUCCUCGAACAAACCCAGUCCGAACUCCGCACUCUGAAAGCGACCCAUGCCGCAGAGCUCGCGCAACUCCGCGAGCGGCUGGCGGGCACGGAGCACCGGGAAUCCCGGUACAAGGCGCAGGUGGGCUCGCUACGCGAGCAGCGCGAGCGGCUCCAGAGUGAGAACCGCGCCCUCCGCCUCCAGGUCGAGCAUCUCGAGGCCGUGCUCGCGACGAAGGAGGAGACCGCCGCCGCGGUGGACGAGCGGAUCGCGCGCUCGGUCGAGAAGCGCGAGAAGGAGUGGCAGCGGCGCGUCGAGCUCUUGCUCAAGGAGCGGGAGCGCAUGGGUCGCGCGCUGAUGUGGUCGUGGGGAGAGAAGGAAGUCGGUGGUGGUGGUGGUGGCAACAAGGAGAAUCCUGCGGUGGGAGUGGACGAGAAGGGGAGGCGGAAACAGGGGUAUCAGUAUAAGUAUGGCGGGUCGAGUCCAGGGCAGGUGUCAGCUUCGGUCCCGUCGUUGUCAAAGAACGAUGGAUCUGGGAAGAGAGCCUGAAUGGACGAUACGGGUGUGGAUUGGAUUGGAUAGGGCUGGGUUAGGUUGGGUUCGGUUGGGUUCGGUUAUAAUGGCACGAUGGGAAUGGAAUGCCUUCUAUCACAGCUUCACGGGGUGCUUCAUGGUUCGUGUUUACGGUGCUGGUUUCUCUUUUUGAUAAUCUUUUUUGCGUCCUUUUCUCCAUUUUUUACUUCGCUUUCGCUAUGAUUCCCUGCUAUCUUUGUGCUCAGGAUGGGUUUUACGGUGUCAUGAAAGGGCAACUUACGGUCAGAAAUUAAGGAAGGGAUUGCAUCUCGCGUGUACAGACAAGAGUCGCCAUGUUCUCAACUUCUGUUAGCAGAGCUGGAUGGGCGCUCGGCUAAAGCAGAUAAAUCCGUUAAUGU